AUGGCAAGGUUCAUCGAGCUCUGCUCGCCUCUGCUUCUUGCCUUUCUCCUAGUCCAAUUCUCCAUUGUAUCUUCUUCGUCUCCACCACAGCCCUCGCCGGCUCCAUCGCCUCAACCCGCUGGCGAUUCACCUUCGCCGAAAUCUCCAUCGCCUAUUUCCCUUCCUCCAUCUCCGUCGAACGCUCCAGUGAACUCACCACAUCCUUCUUCACCUCCAGCGCCACCGCAAUCAUCUCCGUCUGAAUCUCCGUCGGCCGACGACACGCCUCCAGUUCCUUCUCCAGCGCCGUCGAAUCCGAGCGAUGUCAACCACAGCGACCUCAACGCGGACGGAGACGGAACUAAGAACUCCUCUGGAGGAAUGAGCCCGGGAAAGAAGGCAGGGGUCGUACUUGGAGUGAUCGUUGGGGUUGGCGUGGUAGGGCUUGCAGGCUUUGUCUACAAGAAACGUCAGGAUAACGUUCGUCGAUCUCAGUACGGAUACGCCGCCAGGAGAGAGAUUCUCUGA